AUUUUAUUUAGGUGGGGGUCGGAAGUCAUGGGGUGGUCUUUGUUGGGAGGCAUGAGGUAAAACGUAAAUGAAAGCCUGGUACAGCAUGCUAUUUAUUAUAUUUGUGUAGUUGGCGUGGACAGAGGCAGUGGUCAAUGACAAAUUUGUCGUCAUGUUUACCUGCAGUAGACAGCUGAAAUUAGUUUAAUUAAAAAGAACGAUUUACCCAUGUUAUCACGGGAUUGUAAGCUGUAAUCGAACUUUGCUCUCCCCAUGGACAAAGUGUCACCCGUGUUCCCAUAAGGAAAUUAGCCAGUCUACACUUCCGUCGGAAAAUCUGUUGCUAUGGGAACAAUGACGCUGUAUAACCAAAUUGUAAACACACGAAAUGACCUAGCUAGCUAAAUAUAAUUGAUUCAACGAGUAAAGUAUAAAGUAUAAUAAUUGAAUAUAGUUGUUUUAUUCGAACAUUUUACCCGUUUAACGUAAAUCGAUCACGUCAGAUAUCUGCAAGCGAACUAUAGCUACCGCGAAUCCCUGGACGGUGAACGUCCAUAGCGUUAGCAAGACUAGUCUAACGUUAGCUACAGUUAGCUAGCUAGCCAAGUUAACAUUAGCAAACGUAACAUUUUUCUUGUUAGUAACUAUCUGCCGGACGAAUUAACUAGCUGUAUUUAGUUAUGUAUGUAGCUAUAGCUGUUAGUUUUCUUAUCAAUCUGUGCUAGACUGCUAAACUUUCUUACCCGUCGGUAACGUUAAACAAACAAAUAUCCUUAUUAACUCGUAAUGUCUAUCAAACACAAAUGGCUGCGACGUUGCAAUGAUGAUUUGGUUAACGUUAGUCUAGGUACUUGUCAGGUGAUCGCUGGUGUUCCUGUAUCACUGAAGUUAGCUGGCUGCCCUGCCCAGGCGAUGAUGAUGUUUAAUAUUUUAGUACAGACAGCUGUUACUCGUGUAGCCGGCACUAACAAGUAAAGACUAAAUGUAUCCAGCAAUUAGCUAGGCUACCUGAAUGAAACCGACCUGAUAUAUGAAGUCAAGUGAAGUGCGUCAUGCAGCGCUCUAAAGUUAACUAGCUGUGUAAAACGUUAUCUGACGUUACUGAGCUAACUGUCCUGACCUCUACAGACUGUCCCUAGCCUGUAAAUGUGUGCCAGGUGAUGAGAAACUCGCUUUCCUGGUGCUAGUUUUUCGGGAAGUGUCAGACGAACCUUCAUUUGAACAGAGAGGUCAGCCUAUGUGAUAAACCGCUUAACGUCCCCUCUUGCAUCCAGCAAUCGGAUUAAGGAGACUUCUGCGUAAAGUCUCCAACAUAUCCUUGGAACAAUUUACUCUGUAACGAUCUUGGUAGCAAGUUAUUUAUAUAAGCAAAGCAUGGAGUAGAAUAAACAUAAACGAAUCCUGGACAAUAUGAAAGACCUGUCGGGGGAGUCCAAGGACCAUCAGCUAACGGUGGCACUUCGUAUUCGUCCACUCAAUGAGGCUGAAAUAGACGAAGGGGCUACCAUCGUUGCUCACAAAGUGGAUGAUCAGAUGGUUGUCCUCGUGGAUCCCUGUGAGGACUCAGAUGACAUUCUGCGUGCAAAUCGGUCGAGAGGGAAAACAUACAUGUUUGAUGUGGCAUUUGAUUUCACUGCUACGCAGGAAGACGUUUAUUUGGCAACCACAAAGAAUUUAAUUGAAGGUGUUAUUUCAGGUUACAAUGCCACUGUCUUUGCCUACGGACCAACAGGUGCAGGGAAGACUUACACAAUGUUGGGGCUUGAUUCUGAGCCAGGGAUCUAUAUUCGUACCUUGAAUGACCUUUUCAAAGCCAUUGAGGCAAGCAAUGAAGAUACGAACUGCGCCGUUUAUAUGUCAUAUCUGGAGAUAUACAACGAGAUGAUCCGUGACCUUCUGAACCCUGCAUCUGGGUAUCUAGACCUGCGAGAGGAUGCCAAGGGUGAAAUCCGGAUUGCAGGCAUCACAGAGUUCUCCACCAACAAUGCAAAAGAGAUAAUGCAACUGCUUACGAAAGGGAACAAACAGCGGACCCAGGAGCCUACUGCUGCCAACCAAACGUCAUCGCGCUCUCACGCUAUCCUGCAAGUGACAGUCAAGCAGAAGAACAGGGUGAAGAACAUUAACGAGGAGGUGCGGGUGGGAAAGCUCUUCAUGGUGGACCUGGCCGGGACAGAGAGGGCCUCACAGACGCAGAAUCGUGGGAAGAGGAUGAAGGAAGGAGCACACAUUAAUCGCUCCCUGCUUGCCUUGGCCAACUGUAUCAAUGCCCUGAGUGAGAAAGGUGGUAAAGGCGCCCAAUUUGUCAAUUACCGGGACAGCAAACUGACUCGGCUGCUAAAGGAUGCUCUUGGUGGAAACAGUAGAACAGUGAUGAUCACUCACAUUAGUCCUGCGAGCACUAACUUUGAGGAGUCCAGAAACACACUGAUCUAUGCAGACAAGGCCAAAAACAUAAAAACUAAGGUAAAACGCAACCUGCUGAAUGUCUCUUACCAUAUAGCCCAGUACACCAGCAUCAUUGCAGACCUUCGCAAAGAGAUUGAGAGAUUGAGAGCCAAGAUAGAUGAACAGGGUCAAGAGCACAAGAAGGGAGAGAGGGCUGACAUACGUGAUGUCCAAGCGGAGGUCCAGCAGCACUCCGCCCAGUACAGCCGCAGGGAGCUGGGCCGCCUGCGGGAACAGCUGCUCUCGGCUUUCCGGGAGCAGAUGGAGAUCCGUCGCAGCCUGGUGGAGCUGGAGAACUGCAACAUGGAGCUGCAUAUCGACACCUCCAGACACCUGGUCACCAUCUCAGACUGGGAAAGGGAGAGGGCCCGGUGUGCUAAGAAAUGGAGGGAUGAAAGGUACGGCGAGAAGGUGGAUAAAGACAGAGAAGUGGAGUGGGAGCAGGACAGCGGCGGUGAGGACGUGGACUCCACGGAGCCCCAGGACGUCACCGUGGCUCGGGAGGAGAUCAGCACGCUGCUGGCUGAGCAAAGGAAAACCAUGGCGCUAAAGUCAGACUUGGAGGAGAAGCUGGCGAGCAUGACGCUGAAGUCCUCCAAGAUGGAGGAGCUGCUGCCGAAGAGUAUUAGCAACGAGGAGCAGCGGGAAAUCCUGACGCUGCUCUGCAAAGUGCACGAGCUGGAGGUGGAGAACACGGAGAUCCAGUCCGCGGUGCUGUGCAAGGAGAACCUGAUGCGCACCAAGGACUUCAUCAUCCAGCGCUACGAGCAUCACAGGGCGCUGUGCGACGAGGUCAUACAGCAGCAGAGAGCCAUCAUCGAAGACCAUCGGAUGCCUGUGCCCCAUGAGCUGGAUGAGCUCUACGCAUUGUAUUACAGUGAACUGAAUAAUCGGAGCAUUGACCAAGUUCUCAGUCUCCAUACAAUUACAUCCAGCACAAUGAGGGAUGGAUCAGUAUUGAAAGUAGCAAAGCAGCUGAACCUUGGGGAUUUGAUUCCUGACUCGGAUAAAGAAGAGCUCAGCCCAAGGGCAGCUGUGCAGGACAGCAGGACCGCUCGAAAUAAGUUCCCCCCUACUUCAGUAGGUAAUCAUAACAGUGAAGGUAGUAAGGUAUUCAAAUCCACUUCAAAAUCCCGUCAGAUGAAACACAGCCAUAUUUCAUCCAGUCCACCUCCAUUAACUCAGCUCCCCAGUGGGAAGGACAGCAGUCGGCAGUCUGAGCAGGUCAGCCCAGAGACUAUGAAGGAGAUUGUGUCGGACACAAAGAGCAUCUCGGUGAUCGCGGCCAAGCGGCGCUCGCGCAUGCAGGCCCUGGAGCCGGCCAGCAGGCUGUCCCUGGCCCAGGAGAGGAGCCUGAUGUCAGUGCAGUCCCUGGAGGAAGGGGAGGACGCCUCAGACAGGGCUGCCUCCGAGUCCCAGGGCCCCCCCACCGCCGCCCCCGCCCCCCUGAAGCCAGCGGUCAGUAUCGACGACCUGGCCCCCUCCACCCCUGAGGAGCUGGAGGCCAGGAAGGCCCCGCCCAGGGCCCCUAGGAGCUCGCAGUCCGCCUCCAAGAAGGACGCGCAGAAAGCCGGCCGGAGGACCAGCUCCGUGGAGAGGCGCGUGCGGAAGAAGCGGUCCAAGUCUUUCGAGGUCAACUCAAAGAGGAAGUUCAAGAUCAGCACCUCCAGGAAUUCAGGUCUUGAAAGCAUUUCAGACAACAGAUUACAACAUUCACAAAAUGCAAACCAGUUCCUGCACACGAAUGUGGGAAAUCCUUCAACGCCACCAGCAACCAAGGUUAAAUAUCCCAUCUCUCAUCACACAGGCGAAAGCCAAAUCCAGAAGCUGGAGAUGCAUGGUACUCCACCCAGCACCAUUCACCAGAAGAAUGCAGAGGGAAGAGGAGGUCAGACCAUCUACAAACGAGUCAGAGGCCCUUCAGAUAUCUUCAGCAAAAAUCAGCUGCUUCCGCAGCCUGGGAAUUUUAAACGAACAGGCAAUGCCAAUGCAAGACACAAGGGAACAACUGAUAGCAACAUCAAAAGUGAAACUCGCCACAGAAAAUGAGCACAAUGAAUUUUGGAACAACAGCCAACAGUUUGUAUGGAUGUGCAAAAGAUGUGUUCCAAAAGGACAAAUGGGUUCAAGCAAAGCACUCUAGCUGGAAAAAACUCAUUAUCCAUCAACUGCACGCUAGUCCAAAAGAAGCUUUAGUUUUGAAGCAGCUCUUUUGGACUGGCCCGCAGAGUAUCAACACCCACCAAUGUCGAAACCACAUAAAUUUUUCGUAACCUUUUCUUUUUUACUCCUCUUACAUAAUUCUGAGUGGCGUAAGACUCUAAACUAUAUUUAGUGAGCAACACAAUGCUUUGUUGUUUUGCAAGAAAGAUGUGCAGGAGUGAGUGUAUAUAUAUUAUAACUCUCUCGUUUUGUUAAUUUGUGUAGAAAUUGUUUUCUUGGUCAGUAAUAUAUUGGAAAUCUGUAUGUAUUUUACUAAUUUAAACCAUUUUUGUCUGUUUUGUCAGAAAGUAUUUUUUUUUCAUAUUUAUCUAGAAACCAUUCUGGGAUUGAGGGUAUGAUUUUAGUUUUUAGUGUGUUUCGAUGGGCCCAUACAGAUUUUAUAGGCAAUGAAUGAUAUUUUAGAAACUUAUAGACAUUUCUGAUGGCCAGCUGGCUUUACAGUGGCUGGUGAGAAAAUAUAUUUCAAAUGACUCCAAAGCAGCUUGUGCGGUGAUGUCAUGUUUAUCACUGCUGUAAAUAUGAACAGAUGCAGCCUCAGGUAAUAUAACAUCACUGUACAAGCCUGCCUCAGAGUUACUAAAGUAUUGUCUGGUUGUUUUGUGGCCUGAUGGGGAGCCAGUGCAGCAGACUGGAAAAUAGCAUGAAUUGAUGAAUUAAAAGAAUAGCAUGUC